AGAAUGCUGUCCCUGUGUCUCGCCGUUGUGGCUAUGGUCCUGCAGGAGGGGAGUGCAGUGGUGUACAAUUGUUCCUCUACAUAUGAAAGGAUUCCAGAUAAUAAUGACUUGACUGUGGACUGCGGGACCAGCCUGAUAAGUCUAGAGGUGAACUUGUGCACAGCGCAGUGGGCGGGCUUUGAUCCCGCUGACCUAUCCUUGAACGGCCAGCACAAUGAAAGUCAGUGCCAGGGCACGGUGGACACCAGCGGAGACCUGCCCGUCAUCCGCUACCAGCUGCCUGUCAAUCACAGCCAAGAAAACCCCUGCCGACAGUCCCUCCAGAUUGUGGAUGAGACUCCUGGUCCUGGGGUCUUCAGCUCGUUCUCCAGCAUCCAGUCUGUCAUCAUCACAGGCUUCAUCGACACACCACGCUCCUCCUCUGGGCUGAUCAGCUACACCACUGACCUGUACUACCACUUCUCCUGCCGCUACCCUCUGGAGUACCUGCUCAACAACACUCAAAUAGUAGCGUCCUCAGUCUCUGUGGCAACCAACGGCAACAAUGGCAGCUUCCUCAGCACCCUCAGCAUGAACGUGUACAACGACACUGAUUAUGGCCAUCCGCUGGUGGUGCCUGAGGUAGGCCUCUCCCUGCGUACAAAGAUCUACGUGGAGGUCAAAGCCACAAACCUGACUGGAAGUUUUCACCUGUUGCUAGACCACUGCUUUGCCACCCCUUCGGCCUUCAACGCCUCCAGCACUGAAAAGCAUGACUUCUUCAUUGGGUGUAAUGUGGACCAGAGGACGACGGUGGCACAGAAUGGGGUCGGCACAAAUGCCAGGUUCCUGUUUGAAGCGUUCCGCUUUGUGGAGCAUCGUGAACUGAACAAGUCCAGCCUCUACCUGCACUGCAUCGUCCGGCUCUGUGAGCCCAGCAAAUGCCAGGAGCUGGUGAACGCCUGCAGCAAUAGGAGGAGGAGGAGGGACGUGGAUCCAUUUGGGUCCGAGGCCAGCGAUUCCACCUUGAUCUCGGUGGGCCCCAUCUACACCAGAGACUUGGACGCUGUUGACCAGCUCUCCUCUGCUUCAGAAGGUGGUGCUAAGCAGCUAACAGAAGACCAGUCCAGUGACACUGCGCUGGCAGUAGGGCUGACCCUGGCCUCGGCAGGCACGGCUGUGGUGGGUGCAGGAGGGUGGUUGGUGUUCAAGAAGCUCCACUGGGGGGGCACUCUCCUGCGUUCCUUCAACUGAGUCCUCCCCACACAACACAAAUUGGGAGGCUUUGGAUAACUAUUGGUGAAAAAAUUCAAAAUACCCUUUGAAGACUUGUAUUCACUACACCUGUGCCUAUCAUAAUGUAAUUGGUAGUUUCUUUUACAAGCUGUCUCAAUGGUCACUUCACAUAUUGUUACCUCCUUUGCAUGUCUGGUGCAAAAACUGACAAUAAUUUGUGACAACGUUGGAUACAGCUUGGGGUACCUUCCUUAGCUAACAUUAUUUUAGCAUGUUUUGGCUGUGCUCUAUUUAUCCAUAUGUAUGUAUGAAUAUGUAAUGGAACAGGGGGCAGGUUGGGGGUCGAUUUCCUAUUGAUUUCCACUUAUGAGACAGGCUACACCCAGAUAGCCUUAAAGAUAUGCAAUAUUGGAUGACUCCGAAAUCUCCUGAUGCUUCCCUAUAACAAGCCUGAGAUCAUUUUGUUUGGUCCCAGACAAGAACAAUGCUCAAUAAUACUCUACACCCAGGUUAAAAAAGUUUUCAGUUCCUCAUUUUUAUUGUAUUUUAAGGCUUGUACCCCCCCUUUUUCACUUCUUGGUUUGAGUACAGAAACGUCCUCAGUGGCAGUGCACUUUUUUAGAUUCUAGAUUUUGCAAGAUUCUGUAUGUAGAGAGCCCUGCAACCUGUUUGUAAACAAACAUUGAGAACCACCAAAACAUUACCCUUGUUCUUGUAAUAUGGACUGGCUGGCAAUCUAAUUUUGAAUUUAUUCUAGCCUGCUCAGACAGUCAUCUUUUUAAAAAUGCCAUUGAAUCUCCACAUAUAUUUUUUAUUAAACACAAUUUCCUUCUUUUGUUGCUGUGUUUCUUUGCAUUUUUAUUUGCUUUUAUUUCUAAGUUAUUGUUAUUAUGGGUUUACUAUUUACUGACAUAUAUCCUCCAGUGCUAUAAUAUUGAGCACUUUGAGUUUGAUGAUAUAAUGCCAUGUAAUAAGGAUUAGCUGUUCCAGUUGAAAUAGAGUUGUGUUGUGUCAAAGUAUAAACCUGAGGUUUAAACUCCAGCUAAGCACAUUGCAAUUGAUGUACUGUAUGAAUAAAAUAUUUUAUUGUGAUUAUUAUUAUUACAAUAUUGUGGUCUCAAUAAAAUGGCAACCAGUU